AUGAACCCUCCUGGAGGAAGGAGGCAGGAAGCAGCGGGACCCCGGGCUGGAAGGACUCACAGACCCCGCCAACAGGAUCGUGAUGUGCAGCUAUCCAAGGCUCUGUCCUAUGCCCUGCGCCAUGGGGCCCUGAAGCUGGGGCUUCCCAUGGGAGCAGACGGCUUUGUGCCCCUGAACGCCCUUCUCCAGCUGCCCCAGUUCCACAGUUUCUCCACUGAAGACGUGAAGCGUGUGGUGGACACCAAUGGCAAGCAGCGGUUCGCCCUACAGCCUGGGGACGCCGGCACUGGUCUGCUCAUCCGGGCCAACCAGGGCCAUUCCCUGCAGGUCCCUGAGUUAGAGCUGCUGCCUCUGGAGACGCCACAGGCCCUGCCCCCUGUGCUGGUCCAUGGGACAUUCUGGAAGCACUGGCCUUCCAUUCUGCUCAAGGGGCUGGCCUGCCAGGGAAGGACACAUAUCCACCUUGCCUCGGGACUACCUGGGGACCCUGGUGUCAUCAGUGGCAUGCGGCCCAAUUGUGAAGUGGCUGUAUUCAUCAAUGGACCACUGGCCUUGGCAGAUGGAAUCCCCUUCUUCCGUUCUGCCAAUGGGGUGUUCCUGACUCCCGGGAAUGCUGAUGGCAUCCUGCUUCCCAAGUACUUCCAGGCGGCCCUGCAGCUGUGCCCCACCCGAAAGCCCGUCUCCUUGUCUGGUGAUGAAAAGACAAAGUGUCAGACUGGCCCCAAGCACAGCUCUAGAGAAAGAGGAAUGGUCCCGCAAUAA